GAAGAAGGGGCUCAGGCUGACAGGAAUCAGGGAGCUCACGUCGCUGCUGGUGUUCGGUGGUUGUGACGGAACUGAGGAGCCUCACACAGGUGGAGCCAUGAAGAACGAAGGGAUCGAGGGCAUGGAGCGGUUCGUGAGCCCGGACAAAGGCAGAGGCCUGCAGGCGCUGAGGCACUUCGCGGUGGGGGAGCUGGUAUUCGCCUGCCCCUCGUACUCCUCCGUGUUGACAGAGAACGAGAGGGGGGCGCACUGCGACCUGUGCUUCACCAGGAGAGAAGACCUUUUUAAGUGUGGCAAAUGUAAGCAGGCCUUCUACUGCAAUGUGGACUGUCAGAGAGGUGAUUGGUCCAUGCAUAAGCUGGAGUGUGUAGCCAUGUGUGCCUAUGGGGAGAACUGGUGUCCGUCAGAGACUGUCAGACUGGUGGCCAGAAUUAUCAUGAAACAGAGAGUCACAACAGAGCGCACCCCUUCAGAGAGGCUGCUUCUAUUCAGCGAGUUUGAAGCCCAUUUAGAUAAGAUGGACAGUGAGAAGGAUGAGUUGAACCAGACAGACAUAGCAGCACUGCAUCACUUUUACUCCAAACACAUCAGUAAUCUUCCAGAUGAGCAGGCUCUCACUGAGCUCUUUGCACAGGUUAAUUGCAAUGGCUUUACUAUAGAGGAUGAGGAACUUUCCCAUCUGGGAUCAGCUGUUUUUCCUGAUGUGGCACUGAUGAAUCACAGCUGUAGCCCUAAUGUCAUAGUGACGUAUAAAGGCACAGUGGCUGAGGUCCGAGCUGUUCAAGAAAUAAACCCUGGAGAUGAGAUCUUUAACAGCUACAUAGACCUGCUCUAUCCAACAGAGGACAGAAAAGAGAGGUUGCUGGAUUCCUACUUCUUCACAUGCCAGUGUACUGAGUGCACCAGCAAGUCUAAGGACAAAGAAAAAAUGGAAAUCCUGAAGCUGAGCUCUCCGUCUGAGCCUGAGGAAAUCCAGUCCAUGGUCUAUUAUGCCAAGAAUGUCAUAGAGGAGUUCAGAAGAGCCAAACACUACAAGACCCCCAGCGAGCUGCUGGAGAUGUGUGAGCUCAGCCAGGAGAAAAUGGGAGCUUUAUUUGCAGACACCAACGUCUACAUGUUGCACAUGAUGUAUCAAGCCAUGGGCGUCUGUCUGUACAUGCAGGACUGGGACGGAGCCAUGAGCUAUGGAGAAAAGAUCAUUCAACCAUACAGUGUGCACUACCCAGCCUACUCGCUGAAUGUGGCCUCUAUGUAUCUAAAGCUGGGACGUCUGUAUUUGGGCCUGGAAAAGAAGACACAGGGAGUGAAAGCUCUACAGAAGGCAGUGGCCAUCAUGGAGGUGGCUCAUGGGAAAGAUCACCAUUAUGUAGCGGAAGUUAAAAGAGAAAUUGAGGCGCAGAAGUGAAGGAGGUGCAGCUGAAGGAGCAAAAAGAUUAAAGACAGAGGCUCUGGAAUGAGGAACCUCUCUAAAAGCAACAACAGAAUUACACAACACAUCUGCAUGGCAUGCAUCUUAUACCUCUCUGUUUUUAAAACUUUUUUCGUUGCCCACCCUCCUCUCUUCAGACAGCUUCUUAUUUUCAUAUCUACCGUCAACAUAAUCACGUGGAGGAUGAGCACACCUGUAUCUGCAGCCUGCCAAACCUCGACUUCAAAGCAAACAAAUAAGGAUUACAUCUUUGAAGGUUAUUUGAAAAUAAUGGUUUGUGUGCUGAUGCUCAAAACAGGAUUUAUUCCAACUAAUGCUGUUCAGAAGAGGAUCACAGCAGCUGAGAAAAAAGCUUCAGUUGCUGCAUUUAAAGCUGCAACAAACCUUUCAUGAGACCAAAGUAAGGUCAAGUGAAUCUUUGCCAAGUUUUUGUUUUAAAAAAGAUAUUUCAAAGUUCAGUUACAUCAGUUAAAGAGGGUUUUACUACUUUUUCAAAGCUAAUGCAAUUUAAUUCUAUCGGAUAUUCAGAAGCAGAGUUUCUUCCCUCAUUGAUUACUGCUUAAACUGAAAAAAUGACUGAUCAUGCAGUACUCUGUAGCAAUGGAGAAGAGAAUACAAAGAACAAUUCCUGAAUGAGUAACCAAGGGUUUGACUUGUCUUACAGCAUGUUGUUAUGUUUUUAAGAGCCAGGAGAAGUGUUGCAUGUUCUAUUGUUUGUUUGUUUCUAUUUGUUGUCAUAUCAGGCUUGAUGACCAAAGGGCAGCGGGUUUAAAUGACAAGGAACCAGCUAUAUAUUCUCUGUUCACAGUGUAACCUUAAGGGUUGCUGAUCUGAAAUCAGUCACAGUGAAGACAUAGAUCCUGGAUCAGUCCCUUUGCUCCCAGGAAAAAAGGUGCAACACUGUAGCUUAUGUUGCCUUUUGUCAAGAAAUGCAUCAUCAUAGCUUAAAGUGUUUUCUCCUAAACACCAUGAGUCCAGAUUGUCUUUAUCCUGAGAAUCAAUCAUCUGAGCACCAGUGGGCAGAAUAUUUAUGUGCAACAUAUCUGAAUCAGAGACAUUGUAUCUUUUUACAAUUUAUCAAAGCAAAAUAUGGGGAGAUUAUGUUCAUUCUCACUUACAAUUUCAGCUUUAUAAGCAGCAUGAAUACUUUAUAAACAUCUCCCUUUAAUUUGGACUUUACCGGGUUUAUUUUGCACUCUUGUAAGAUGAAUAACCUGUGAUGAUUCAAAUACAAUGAAAAGUAUUACGCUCAGCAGGAAUGAGUAUUUGUAUAUCUGAGUCAGUUACAAGGUUACAAUAGGCUAUGAUAAAGAAAACCAUGGAUAUGUUUAUAUUCAACCCCGAUCAGGACAUCAUAAGUAGGAGGUGGAACAGUUAAGGGUCAUGACACUGUAUUUUUUUUUCUUCUGUAAAUUUGACUAAAGCAGCGUAUUCAAAUAUCAAGUUAAAAGCAGCUGAACAUGCUGUCUAAUGUCAAUGGUUUAGACCUAAAGACUAAGCAUGCAAUGUGUGAAGGAGGCUUUAAAACUAUGAAACUUAAGGCAAUGCAAAGAUCAUCACCUGGGCCUUAUGUAAAGAUUCUUGCACUCAAUUUUGUGAGUAAGAGGAGAUGGGAAAAACGUGUAAGCACAUUUUGUUCCGAGUUACUUGUUCAUGUCAGUAGACAGUUGGCUUUGAUCCUUGAAACUGCAGUCUUCACACCAUUCACUGCCAGAGGAACUAAUGUUAGAUCUGAUGUCAUCUAUUGCUUUUAAACCUGUAGCUCCCCCUUGUGUUUACUAUGGAUGCAGCUGUAUGCACCACAUGAUCGUGGGUUACUGAGUGCUGGAGAUAAGCUCAUUCUUCUGAGUGGUCUGUUGUCAUAUUUGUAGCAACUCUGGCACAGGUGACCAGCUCUGUCACCUGCACCAAUGCAUCUGGAUGGUGCCUGCCUUACAGCAUAGAUCAUCCAAAAGCACCACCGGGGGGGGUGUAAGUGGCACAAGAUUUAUUUUAUUUUUCCUGAAAUGUCAACAGAUAAAAGCUAUGGUGCAAGGAUUUAGAGCAUUGAAUUCCAUACUCGCGCUGCAUGUAGAAAACCAGGUGAAAACAGAUCUCUGAAAUGAACUGUUAAUUUAGCGGGCAUGAAAUUGAUUCCACUGUUAUGCAUAACUAAAGUCUGAGACUCUUGAUUCCUUCUGUACCAUGUCAAUGGAACUCAAUAAAUAACAUUAGGACAGUA